CUCUCAGAGAUCGGAGAAGAAGAAAGGAAGCAAAAAAAAAAAAUCCAAGUUGUGAUGAAAUCUCUACUGAUGAGAACCGGUUCGAUGCCGGUUCUUAAUAACCGGUUUGUUUCAGGUGGCUCGUCGCGGAAGAACAUGACGACGACGACGACACCUAUCAUCUCCAGGAACAACUCCGUCGAGUCGUCAUUAUCCAGCUACGGCGAGAGAUUCGCCGCCGGAGGAGGAAGGAAGAUCUCCAUCGAGGUUAAAUCUAACGUUGGGAUUCGUAGGGUGUUAUCGGAGAGUGAUGUGAUUAGAUCCGAGAGAAUGCUAAAGACUGUUGGAUCUAAGCCUUCGCCGUCGCAAAUCCCGGAGGAUGAUGAACCGGAGGAGGAAGAAAUUAGGUUUUCCGAUGGUUGGGGAUCGUUGAUCUCCGGUGGUGGUGGUGGAUCUGGUUUUAACGGCGGUUACGGAAACGGAGGAGGAGGCGGUUAUGAAGAUAAGAGCAAGAUCGGUGAUUAUUAUCGAAAGAUGUUGAAAUCGAAUCCUAAUAAUUCGCUUCUUCUGAUGAACUACGGCAAGUUUUUGUACGAGGUGGAGAAAGAUGCAGAGAGAGCUCAAGAGUAUUAUGGAAGAGCGAUACUGGCGAAUCCAGGUGAUGGUGAGGCUUUGUCAAUGUAUGGUAAGUUGAUAUGGGAAACGAGCAGAGAUGAGAAGAGAGCUCAAUGCUACUUUGAUCAAGCUGUUAAUGCUUCUCCUGAUGAUUGUAUGGUUUUGGGAUCGUAUGCACAUUUCAUGUGGGAGGCAGAGGAUGAUGAUGAUGAAGAGGAACUGAUGGCUGCAUCACCAGCUAUGGUUUCUGCAGUUUAGAAUGAAACACAGAGACUAACGCGAACAAGUGGAUGAAGAAGAGUAAUGGAGUCUUAAAAUUAUAUGUUAUCAAAGUAUCUAAACCUUUAGUGUAUUUUCGCUGUCUUUUUGCUAACUUUUGUUUUGGUUUAACUUACUACAACUAUCUUGUAACAACCUCAAGAGUAAUAAAUAUAUGUAUGUGAAGGAAAAACCGAUUGUAAGAAUAAAAGAGCUUUUGUAAAGCAUUGUAUAAGUUUGAAUCUUGUAGAAUU